ACCAAGGAGCGCCGCCCUUUCUGAACAGUCAAGCAGGCAGACAGGCAGCUCAAAGCUAACAAUCGUUGGAAUGAAAAUGCCGUCCUCCUUAUUCAACAUUGCGUUGCUUUCAUUUUUACAGGUUUUUAUUGCAUCACAUUUCACAGAGGUUUUAGCUGAAAGCAACGGACGAGGGUUUGGCGACCACAUUCACUGGAGGAGCCUUGAGGAUGGGAAAAAAGAGGCUGAAGCAAGUGGACUGCCUCUGAUGGUCGUUAUUCACAAGACUUGGUGUGGUGCCUGUAAAGCAUUAAAGCCCAAGUUUGCUGAAUCGAAGGAGAUUUCUGAGCUGGCACAUAACUUUGUCAUGGUCAACUUGGAGGAUGAAGAGGAGCCAAAAGAUGAGGCCUUCAGCCCAGAUGGUGGUUACAUUCCUAGAAUACUUUUCCUUGAUCCUACUGGUAAAGUCCACUCUGAGAUCACAAACAAAAAUGGGAAUCCCAACUACAAGUACUUUUACAGCAAUGCAGAUCAUGUUUUGAUUGCCAUGAAGGAAGCUCAAGAAAAGCUAACUGGGGAUGCCUUCAGGACUGCCCACAUUGGAGAUGAACUGUAAGAAGGUCAGAUUCAUCAUGGAAAGAUCUUAAGCAGUACACUACAUGAUUUCACUGGGCACACUUCUCAGAUCCUCAACUCCCGGCAUUUCAUUUGAUUUGAUCUGAUAUGGCACAACAUUACAUUCAAAAUGAAGACAUUUCAAAUGCAAUUUUACUGAUUAAAUUUCAAGGUUUUGCAGUUAGCGGUAAGCUUUUUACUUUAAGAACCAAAGCAUAUAGUCCAUGUUAAAUAAUGGGUGCUUCAAGAGUCAUUAUCUUGCAUUUCAGCAAGAUCUAUUUCAGUUUGUGAUUGUUAUCUGUGUGUCAAAUAUGUUAGUUGGACUUUAUUAACCGCGUUACCAAGGCACUCCAGAUUUGUCUGGCUUGGAAAUGGUUAACACACCAGUAGUGCAAUUCUCUUGUUCUUCCAAGCCAUAUCCUGCAAGGUGCGACAUAAUAGAUCCAGCAACCCAGUCGCGUUUAUAAAGGGCCUUAUAAUCCCCAAGCUGUACCUUCUUAAAGUAAAGCACUGUUAUGUUUUCAUGAGUUAACAAUCUUAUGAUAACAUUUAAGUAUAGUUCACCCAAAAAUAAUAAUUCUGUUAUCAUUUACUCACCCGCAUGUUGUUCUAAACCUGCAUGAGUUUCUUUACGCUGUUAAAUACAAACAAAUAUAUUUUGAAAAAUGAUGGCAAGCACACAGUUGACGGUACCCAUUGAUUUCCAUAGUAUUUGUUUUUUCCUACUAUGGAAAAUAUCUAUGAAAAUGUUUGUUUUUGUGUGUGUGUUCAGCAGAAAAAAGAACUUCAACGCUGUGUCAUGGCAGUUCGUACAUAUUUCACAAAGUGGUUAAUUUGUAUUAAUUCGUAAUGCAUCACUUUCAUACAUUUUUGUAUAAUUUGGUUUUGCCCUUUUGACAUUGGAGUUAGGGGUGGGAUUUUGUUAAUAUUUUUUGAUAAUCAUGUUUUUAUUCGAAUUCAUACAAAUUAGCCAACUUAUGAGAAUUCACAUGAAUUUUAUAAGAUCAGGCUGGAAACUCAUACAGGUUUAAAACAACAUGAGGGUGAGUAAAUGAUGAGACAAUUUUGGGGUAAACUAUCCCUUUAUUAGAAAUGUUAACAAUAUUUCUUGCCAAGUUUGUGUAUUUUAGUCCUCGAUAUAUGGAGUUGCCUUUGGUUUUCAAAGACAGAUUUUUAAUAUAGACAAUACAUGUGAAUUAAAACCUAUGUUAAGUUGGAUUUUGGUUGUUUUCUUUUUGGGUUGAGAGGGAAUUAUCUUUGCCAUAUUGUACUUUUUACUAAUAUGAUAAAUAAGCCUACAAAUAAAGUUGUUACAAAAUACUA